CUCAUCUCAUAUCGCCGUCGGCCUGCCUCCAUCCCGCUCUGCUCCUCUGUACCCGUCCUCCCAGGCUCAUCUCGACGUUACUCCCUCCUAGCGAGCGCGAGGUCCCCCUCAGGAUGAUCAGAACCCGUUCCCCGUGGCUCGCCACUUGGGCGGCUUUGGCCUCGGUGCUCCCGGGCCUGGCCAAUGCGGCGGGAGUCUCCAUCUCGUCUCCCAAUGCCGGCAGUGGAUGGUACUCUUACCAUAACCAAGUUGUCUUGAGCGUUUCUUCCUCGGGCCAGUUUGACCCCAACGGAUACUAUGACCUCAAUGCCGUGUCCCUGAACGGCGCCACCUACUAUAUCAACGGCGGCAGUCUGUCCGAUGGGCAAACCGUCUUCAACGUCGACACCACCUGGAGCUCGCUCCCGGCUUCGCAGAUGUACAUUAGCUUCUGUCAAUCUGGCACCUGUAUCAACUCGCAGACCUUUACCUACAAUCCCAACGGUGCUCCUCAUCCUCCUCCUCCUCCUCCCCCUCCUCCUCCUCCUCCUCCUCCUCCUCCUCCUCCUCCACCACCACCACCUCCUCCUCCUCCUCCUCCUCCGCCGCCGCCGCCGCCGCCACCGCCGCCUCCUCCCAACUCGCCUCCUCCUCCUCCUCCUCCGCCUCCUCCCCCUGGAUCUGCCCCUGCUCCUGCUCCUCCUGCCAACACUGGAACUGGAUCGCUUCUUGGAGCCGUCGGCCCAAACACGGCCUCGGCUGCUGGUUCUCAGGCUUCGGCUGCCGCGACCCAGGCCGCUGUGUCGAGCAGCAUCCCGCCCACGAUUACCAGCGGCCCGAGCCUCGCCAUCGCCAACGGCCCCGCCGGCGCUAUCACCAGCAUCCCUGCUCCAGGCCCCGCUGCUAGCAACUCGGCGAGCCCUUCGUCUUCCUCGGCCGCACCGACCCUGUCGACCCCCCUGUUGGCUGGUGUCAUCGGAGGCGUUGCGGUAUUUAUCGGCGUCAUGAGUAUGGGUCUGUUCCUGGCUUAUCGCCGUCGCAACAGCAAGGAUGCCAACUCAACCGGCCUUCUCAUUCACGGCGGCAAGCCCUCUCCGGGUCCGGCACCGAACCUGAUGGUUGGCACCACCAACCGCAGCACCAUUCGCGGCAUGGACUCGUCGCCCGGUCUCAACGCUCACCGCACCCUUCCAAAGGAUCUCUCGGCCCCCACCCUGCCCAUGCCCCUGGUUCUCACGCCCGAGUCGCAGCAGCGCACUCUGCAGUUUUCGAACCUUGGCCUGACCCCGCAGACCUCCCCCGAGAUCAGCCUGGCCCCCGUCCCCAACACCCGUCCCAGCAUCGACACGACCAGCACCGUCCGCCCCAGCUUUGAUGCCCAGCCCGCCCACCAGAACAGCAAGCAGCCGCACGCUCUCACCCAGAUCCGCGUCGAUGUCCAUCCGUCGCUCACCGAGAGCACCUGGAACACCCCCGUGCUGACUACCUCAAAUGUCUCGCUCCCUGGCCCGAACUCGACCCUCAAGCCCAUUCACUCGCCCCACACUUCGCCCCGUGCCUCGCCUCGCUCUUCGCCCAAAGCCGAUCUCUCCGAGUUUGCUGUCGAUCGUCGAAGCGUGCGUAGCCGCCGCUCGCAGCUGAGCAACCAAGGCAGCUCCGAGACCGUCGAUCGAUACAGCGUCUACUCGCGACAGUCGAUUUCGGACACCGUGGCCCCCGAGGUCGUGGAUGUCAAGGGCAAGGGCCGCGCCGUUCCCAUCGACUACAGCGUCAUUCCCACGGCCCAGCCUGCCCCGACUACUGCCGCCCCUGCCGCCCCUGUCGCCCCUGUCGCCCAGGUCUCUCCGCAGCUCGGAAUCAAGCCCGUAUUCAAGGUUGCCAAGGUCGAGGCAUCCGUCCCCAGCCCCGACCACUACUAUGCCAAGAUCGGCCAAAUGUCUCCCGACUCGCUGACGGUAGCAAACGACGAUGCCUCCCUGUCCAUUCAGCCGACGCCCACGCUCCCGGCCGAGCCCCUCGCCGAGAUGGCUCCGGCUGGCUCUCGUCUGUCGCUCCCCGUCGUUGGCGUUCAUUUGAGCAAAGCCUCGCCCCAGGGUGCCUUGACCCACGGCCUGGCAAAGCAUCCGUCGCUCGAGUCGAUUCAGGCACAGCACGGCAGCGUCGAUACGGCGUAA